AUGUUGUUGGCGACACUGUUUGUACUAUCGCCAAUAGUGUUAACAAUAGGCCUAUUGUGGCAAAAGUGGCGGUUUUGGAAACGACAGGGAAUACCGACCGACUGGUCGGCCAGAAGUGGUCAACCCUUUCAUAUAUCGGACAACGAGUGCCACAGAAAACACGGCAAAGUUGUCGGUUUUUACGAAGGUUUGAGACCCUGUUUAUCAGUAACUGAUCCAAAUCUCAUACGCAAAGUACUGGUCACUGACUUUCACAAGUUUGCUAACCACAGGGAACUACCGGCCGAGUCUGAGCCAAUAGGAAAGGGUGUAUUUUUCACACCAUACCCGCAAUGGAAACGUAUCCGUGCGCUGCACUCCACAGCCUUUACCACCGGUCGCCUCAAAGCUAUGCUACCGAUAAUGUCGGACACGUUUGACCGGUUGGUCACUCUAUUGGACCCGAAAGCCCGCGACAGCCAAGUGGUAGACUUUCGGACAGUUUACGACUCGUUUACGUUUGACGUGAUUACUAGGGCUGUGGCCGGCGCCGACACAAACGCCCUGGGUUAUCCCGGUCAUAAUCCGCUGUUGAAAGCGAUACAGUUGAUAUUUCAAGCUGACCUAGGUCUAAAUCAAAUUUUGGUAUUUUUUAUGCCGUUUUUGCGCCGAUUUUUUGUGUUACCAUUUUUUGAUGGCAACGCUAUGCGAGUGAUCGGCGAUACUGUAAAUCACGUGAUUAAGGAUAGGGUGGCCCGGGAUGUACAGGUGCCCGAUCUGUUACAGCACUCGGUUAAUGCUAGCGUAUGGGCCGAUAGGUAUCGAAACCCUCCCGUCGACGCCAAUAAGGCUUUUGAUAAAUUGACCGAGGUUGAAGUGCUUGGCAUGUCGAUGAGCAUGUUGGGCGCCGGAUACGAGACCACUGCGUCCCAGUUGUGUUACAUAACUCGCAUACUUGCGCUCAAACCCUGGUAUCAAACAAAACUGGUUCAUGAGAUUCAUAACACACUGUAUACUACGGAUACCAAUGAGUUGUCUAUGGAUUACGAAAAGUUGCAAAAAAUGCCAUUUUUGGACGCAUUUAUUAAAGAAGUGAUGCGAGUUAACUGUUCGGUCACCCGAGUCGACAGAAUCGUCACAAACGACACGUAUUUAGAGGGCAUUUAUUUGCCAAAAGACACGCCUAUUAUAAUACCCAUAUGGGCGCUGCACAUAGACCCUGAUCACUUUCCCGAGCCUAUGGAGUUUAAACCGGAACGUUUUUUACCCGACAAUAUAGAUACUAUCAAACCGUAUACAUACCUACCCUUUGCCACCGGCCCUCGCAAUUGCAUUGGUUAUCGUUUUGCUGUAUUAGAGCUCAAGUAUACGUUAGUUAAGCUGUUGUGUAGAGCAUCGGCCGGUCAUUCCAUAGAUGAGAGUAGCCGUCGGGAACUUCCGGCCGACUGUGAGCCAAUAGGAAAGGGUGUAUUUUUUACGCCAUACCCGCAAUGGAAACGUAUCCGUGCGCUGCACUCCACAGCUUUCACCACCGGUCGCCUCAAAGCUAUGCUACCGAUAAUGUCGGACACGUUUGAACGGUUGGUCACUCUAUUGGACCCGAAAGCCCGGGACAGCCAAGUGGUAGACUUCCGCACAGUUUACGACUCGUUCACGUUUGACGUGAUUACUAGGGCUGUGGCCGGCGCCGACACAAACGCCCUGGGUCACCCCGGUCAUAAUUCCCUAUUAAAAGCAAUACAAUUGAUAUUUCAAGCCGACCUAGGUCUAACACAGGCUUUGCAAAUAAUUAGCGAUACUGUGAAUCACGUGAUUAGGGAUCGGGUGGCCCGCGAUGAACAGGUGCCCGAUCUGUUACAGCAUUCGGUUAACGCUAGCGUAUGGGCCGAUAGGUAUCCCAACCCUCCCGUAGACGCCAAUAAGGCUUUUGAUAGUAUAGUCGACAGAAUUGUCACAAACGACACGUAUUUAGAGGGCAUUUAUCUGCCUAAAGACACGCAUAUUAUAAUUUCCAUAUGGGCGCUGCACAUAGACCCUGAUCACUUUUCCGAGUUCAUGGAGUUUAAACCGGAACGUUUUCUACCCGACAAUAUAGAUAUUAUCAAACCGUAUACAUGCACUGGGGGGCUAUGCCAAAGCGGGGUGAGUUCUUCAGCUCAGGCCAACCAGGCGUUUAUGCCGACCAAAGACUAG